CUCUCCUUGGUUUCAGCUAACUGCGCUUGCGCACUAGAGAUUUGCCAUGAUGUCGGCGUCACAACAAAAAUAUAAGCUCUUUUUCAGCGAUUGAAAAGCUUCAAAAAUACAUAAAAAACAAAUGAGAACAUGUAUAGUGAUAAGAAAAUAACUAAGGAAGACACAUGGAAACCAGCUGACCUGAGAAGACAUCUUAGGGAGGAAGGAUAUGGUGAUGACUAUGUCAGGAGAGAUGAGACUGGGAGAAAGCACCGGGGUGGGGAAUCCACAGAGAGACGCCACAGGGACCCAGAGAAGGAGUCUAGACGGGAGAGAGACAAACACGGGGAAAGGGAGAAUACAAGAGAGAGACGACAUGAUGAUGAAAAGGACAGAUAUGUAGACCGGAGGAAAGAGGGCUCACGUGACAGGAGAGGCGAUAAGGAAAGGGAUAGAAGAGAAGACAGGGAAAAAAGAAGGGAAAGGGAGAGGUUGGUAGAUGCAAACAAGUACUACAGCAAUGAUUCUAGAGAGAACAGAGACAGGAGGCGGGAUAAAGAGGAAAAGCAUGAGAGGGAGAGAGACAAGGAAAGAGACAGAGAUAAGGAGAAAGAGAGGGUAAGGGAUAGAGAGAGACACAACGAGGAGGACAGGUAUAAAAGGAGGGAAGAUAGAGACAAGGAAAGAAGGAGAGAAGAACGGGACAAAGAACACAGGACUGAGAGGGAGAGAAGGAGACACGAAGAGAGUGGAGAAGGAGGAAGAGAUCGGUUAGAAAAGCACGACAGAGAGUACAGAGAUCGGCAUCGGGAAAGAGACAGACACAAAGAUGAAUAUGAAAUUACGAGGAAUGACAAAGAAAGAAGAGAGAGGCAUGAAGACAGAAAGCAUUCAGAGCUGAAGGAGGAAAGAGUGUACAAAGAGGAACAUAGAAAACAUAAAGAGGAUAGAGAAAGAAGACACAGAGAGAGAGGAUAUCAUGAUGAAAAACGGAAGCAUGACGGUGACUCCAGGGAGCAUCGAGCCUUGAAGGGGUCAGGUGAGGAGGUCAGACAUCAGCGAGCAGAUGGGGACAAACACAAAGAGAGAAGACACAGAGUGGACGAAGACCCAGAGAGUAAUCACAGAGACAGGACCAACUCCAAGAAAUCAUCCUCUGACAAAAGCCAUGAGACUAAGACUGCGAAAACACAGGAAGUAGAGAGGCUAUCUGAACACUGGACAGCUAGUGUAAAAGAUGCAGGAGACACAGAGGAGCCUGUUAUCAAUGAUGAAAAUUUGGCAGACCAGGAGUAUGAAGAUGACUUUGAGAAAGUGGAUUAUGAGGAGGAUUUUGAGGAGAUGGAUGAGAGUGCAAAUGAAGGUGAGGAGGAGGAGGAGGAGCCAGAGCAUCCAGAGGUGGGAGAAGAGACUGAGGAACUUACACCACAAAGAAGAGAGGAGAUUAAGGCAAUUCGGAGAGCCAUGGAUGAAGAGAAUGAAAGAAUCGGAACAGCUCAGUCCAGAGAAAGUACGAGCAGAGAGGAGGAAGACAGGGCAAAAUGGUCCAGAGGCUCUGAAAAGAACCAGAAUAGAAUUUCCCAGCGUGGGAAAUUUAUCGACUUUGUGGCGGCGAAGCAGCGCGAAGUCAGCAAGAAAGUUGCCACAAAACAAAAGAAACGCAGUACAGAGCUGCUCCGCUUAAUUGACCUGGAUUUCUCAAUGACAUUCUCCCUUUUGGAUCUGCCACCUGUUAAUGAAUAUGACAUGUAUAUUAGAAACUUUGGGACUGCAAACACCAAACAGGCUUAUGUUCAGUGUAAUGAAGAUAACGCAGACCGAGACAUCCAGACAGAGGAGAUAGAAGUGUGUGAGAAGUGGACGCAGCAUCCUCCAGAGCACAAUGGAGCCUGUGGCGAUCCAAACCUCUCUUAUGAAGCACGAGACAAAUCCAUGAGUGAAUUGAAUUUUGAUUCACAGCGCCUGACUGCAUUUCUUCACUCAGCCUCACAGGUCAUGGUUGUACUGUUGGAAGAGGAUCAAGCUGAGAGGAAAUCCCUGAGGAAGCUGAGGACUCAAACGGACACGCUGUCUUUCAGCGAUGGAAGUUUACAGCUGAACACUAAGUUGCCUUUUCUUUAUGGUCGCCAAAUCAGCCUGGUGCACUUCUCUCAGGUCCAGAGGCACACCAUGAUGUCAGUCCACAAGCCUACAACUAAACCCAGCGCUGUUCGUCUUGACAGUUGCACCCUCAUCUGCAUCUGGAAUAUUUGGGAGCCGUCCAGACCUCAGAAGAUCCUUGUUUAUGAAUCUGAGGUGCAGUGUUGCUGCUUCAGCCCUGGAAAGGCCAUAUUGGUGUUUGCAGGCACUUCAGUUGGCUCUGUGGUGCUGUGGGACCUGAGGGAGCAUGCCAGUAAUCACUACCGCCUGAAGAUAGGGGACGAAGAGUGGACCUUCAGACAGCCUACAUUCUCCACCGAUGCAGUGAUGGCCGGCUUUGGCCAUUUCUCAUCUGUGACGUCUGUGGAAGUUGUACCCUCCGCUACAGCAGAGGGGCUGAGGCCAGAGGUCCUACUUUUGGCAUCUGAGGAAGAGUCAUCAGGAUUGUCAUUCCAGUUGGCUUCUCUGGAUGAAAGCGGGGUUUUAAAUUUCUGGGUGGUGGUGGAACUCCCAAAAACCAACGAGGCAGGCUCUCAAACAGAUUUAGGGCUCAGGCCUGGUGGCAAAGUAAAGUUGCUUCACAGCUCCUCCCUCUUCACUGCUGAGAGGGUCUCGCCACGCGAUGCGGUGAAAACAGCGAAAACGGGGACGUUACAGACGCUUCAUUUAAAAUUCCUCCCAACUGACUCCAAUCAUUUCUUUAUUGGCACCAAUAUGGGUCUGGUCAAUCAUGGAACCAGUCAUGGUUUGAAGGCUCCUCCGAAAUUCUACAGCUUUCAGGAUGUUGGAGUCCGACCUGCUGAUGUCAGCUCAAUUCAUUUUUCUCCCUUCAGCCAACACUUUUUCUUGGUGGGUUGUGGGGACGGCAGCAUCAGGCUACAUGCAGUCAGCCGCGAACAGCCUGUGGCGGAGUGGAAGAACGGCACGGCUGGUGAACCGGUGGUCUCACUGCAGUGGGCCCAAACCAGGCCGACAGUCUUCUGUGUGCUUGACGCGGCCUCUAACCUCCACAUAUGGGACCUGCUGACAAAUGACACAGAGCCUGUAGUGACUGAAAGGAUGAAUGCAGACAGAGUGACAGCCAUGGCUGUGUUUGGAGACUCAGGACAACAAAACACAUAUUCAGGAAUAGCGCUGGCUCAUGAGUCAGGAAAAAUAGAAAUGCAGUAUUUCACAAGGAAUUUUACUGUGCCGAGUUCUGCAGAAGAGGAAAAGUUGGAGAGAAUGAUGACUGAGGCCUUCUGAAAGCCUGCAUCUGAUAUGGCUGCAUUUAGACUGUUAACUCCAAAUUUACAGUGUAUUUAAACUCUGGAUGAGCAUCAAGAUCAAUUUAUUAAUCUGUUUUUGUCGCAGUCUAAUGAUGUCUAUCAAUUUGUAUGUUAUAUUUAAUGUUGAUGUGUUUUCUUUUCUUCUAAUUUGAUAACACAUGGCUAUAAAAUGUAACAUUAACAUAUCACAAGAAUGUGGCUAAAGACCAAAGACCCUCUACAGGGGCCACAAUAACUUUAAUACCCUGCAUAAAUAGUUUAUAAGAAGUAUAUAAUCUAGAUAUGUGAGAUGUAAAUAUUUAUACUUUUUGACAAAUGUGAAAUAUUUGUACAGUGUUAGCAAUUUUUAUAUAAUAAA